AUGAAUUAGGAGCAAAGAAUUCUGUCGGUGGUCUCCAGGGUGUAGAAAGUGCUGGAGUGAACGAAAGAAGAAAACUUAUUGGAAGAAGAUAUCUGGGAAUAUAAAUCCAUAAGAAAAUCAAAAUUGGGAAAUUCAGAGGUUUCUAACUCUCUUCUAAAGGCAAGAGAUAGUAAGUACAAAUCAAAAAGAUGUAAUCUACAAAGAAACAAAAGGAUUGUGGAAGUUAAGGAAACAUCCAAGAAUGAUGAAUUGUGUUUAGGAGAAAGAAGUUCUCAGACACUUGUGUCUGAUCCUAAUCUAAAUGGUGGAGAUAAUAUUCAGCAGUCCCAGGAAAAGGUAACUACAAAAGCAAAAUUUGGAAAGACAAAUAGCAAAAAACUAACUCCAACAAAGCAGCAUCCAGUUUACAGUGGAUAUUGCCCAAGCUGCCAAAUGCCUUUUUCUUUAUUGCUGGGUCAAACACCACGGUGGCAUGUUUCCGAAUGUUUGGAUGCUCCACACUCCUCUGAAAGAGAGUGUCCUGAUGGUCUUCUUUGUACUUCUACAAUUCCUUCUCAUUACACACGCUACGCUCAUUUCCUACUAGCUCAAAGUAGAGCAGGGAAUGUUCAUUUUAGUUCUCCAACAUAUAUGUCAAGCAGCAAGCUCAUUGGUUCCAAUGAUACUAAAUCAGGCUUUCUCUGUAGCCUUGAGGAAAGAUGGACUCAAUGUCAGAAACAAGCAGAGAAUGCAAAAAAUGUUUCAAAUGAUCCCUUGUUGAUAACAUUGAGUCCAAGAAAAGUUCAAUCUCCAACUGAAACCAAUAAAAAAAUUUCCUUUUCCACAAACAUCUCAAAAUCCCAACAGACUUUGCAGUUCACAGAGUUUGUUGAUAAUGACAGACUUGAGAGCUCUGGUUUGCCUCUUGCUGAUGGAGAAUUAGACAGACAGAAUAGCUCAGAACAUUUGAACCUUCCACUGCCAGAAGCUGAUCUCAGCGACUGUGAAAUCUCCUUUUCUCCACUCCAAAGUGAUGAAGAAACUUAUGACAUAGAGGAGAAACUAGAAGAUUCACAAAAGGAACUGUUUAUUGCUGAAAACUCUGAAAAUUACAGCAUUGAAGAUGAGGAUGACAGCUGUAUCUUGUUUAGAAGACUUUGUGGAACCUUACAGGAGGAGUCUGAGCCUAACUGCCGGAAAAUGAACAGUUACAUAAAACAAAAUGAAUAUGAUGAAGAAUUGAAUAUAGCCCACACUUUAAGUGAUUUGUCUAAACCUGUUUCCCAAAAUAAUGAGAGGAUCAAGUUUUGUGAGCCAGCAUGUGCUACUAAUCAUUUCAAAUGCUUUCCAACUUCUUUAGCUGAGGAGCUGAAUUCUACUAAUUAUCAAGUCAAUAAAGAGGACCCUGAUGAGCCAAAAUUGUUCUCAUCCCAAUCAAGUAGAGGGAAUGUGCCUAUUGAAGAAUCAGCUGCUUGCAAUUGGGCUUCUCAACAAUUACUUAAUUGUGAAAUGUCAAAGUCCUUGGAAAGCAAGGAAGAAAAGACUUUUCCUUCUCAGUCAACUCAACAUGAAAUUGUAGAAGAAUCAAAUAGAUCCUUUUAUGGUAAAAGUAAUAGUCAUAUAAUAAAUUUAUGCAGGGAAGAAUUGGAUAGUAAGCCAGGUACUAAGCCUUCAGUUUUAGAGAUGGAAACUUUUCCCAAUAAAACUACUGCACGUAUAUCUACGGAGAUAUUGCUACCAUGUGCUCCUAGCUCUAAUACAAGACCAUCAUCUACUAAGGUAUUAAAACAAAUGGAUAUAGGUGUGUUUUUUGGGUUACCUCCAAAAGCAAAGGAAGAGAAAACACCAGAGAAAAGUGCUUCGAAAAGAACAAAAAAUGCAAGUCCUAAUGAAAAGCUGUCAGGACAGAGCAAGAGGAAAAGGGAAGCAUCUCUGGGUGAUUUAGAACUUGACAUUCACGACCUAAAUAGAACUAAAACCUCUGUGGAAUCACCCUGUGAAGAAUCACAAAGGAGAAAAAGACUUAGAAAGUCAUCUACCAUAGAAAAGACACAAAUGAGAAAAACUGAUGAGCUCAUGAAUAAUAGAGAAUUAGUUACAAAUAAAGUAGCUAGAGGUGGAUCACAGAGGUGGAGAAAAAAGUUACAAGAUUCAUUCUAUACUGAAGGAGGACCAAGGAAAAAGAAAUGUCCCUUCUAUAAGAAAAUACCAGGAACUGGCUUUGCAGUUGAUGCCUUUCAAUAUGGAGCAAUAGAGGGUUGUACAGCCUAUUUCCUGACACAUUUUCAUUCGGACCAUUAUGCUGGGUUGUCAAAAAAGUUUACAUUUCCAGUUUAUUGUAGUAAGAUAACAAGCAAUUUAGUAAAGAGCAAGCUUUGUGUGCAAGAGCAAUACCUCCAUCCCCUUCCAAUGGAUACUGUGUGUAUAGUGAAUAAUAUCAAAGUUGUUUUGCUUGAUGCUAAUCAUUGUCCAGGUGCUGUUAUGAUCCUUUUUCAUCUUCCAAAUGGUACUGUUAUAUUGCACACUGGAGACUUCAGAGCAGAUCCGUCCAUGGAACGCUACUCUCUUCUUGCUAACCAGAAAGUCCACACACUUUACUUGGACACAACAUAUUGCAGCCCAGAAUAUACUUUUCCUUCUCAGCAAGAAGUUAUCCAGUUUGCUAUCAACAUUGCUUUUGAGUCUGUAACCUUAGCCCCACGUACUCUUGUUGUCUGUGGAACUUAUGCUAUUGGAAAAGAGAAAGUAUUCCUAGCAAUUGCUGAUGUUUUAGGUUCCAAAGUGAGCAUGUCCCAGGAAAAGUACAAAACACUAAAGUGCUUAGAGCUUCAAGAAGUUAAUUCACUCAUUACUACAGACUGGAAUAGUGCAUUAGUACACGUUCUUCCUAUGAUGCAAAUUAAUUUUAAGGAUUUGCAGAACCAUUUGAACAAGUGUGGUGGGCAAUAUGAUUGCAUUCUGGCUUUCCGACCUACAGGAUGGACACAUUCUGAGAAAUUUGACUCUGUAGCAGAUAUUGUUCCCCAAACCAAGGGAAAUAUUUCGAUAUAUGGAAUUCCUUACAGUGAACAUAGCAGCUACUUGGAAAUGAAGCGCUUUGUCCAGUGGUUAAAGCCACAGAAAAUCAUACCUACAGUAAAUGUUGGUUCCUGGGAAUCCAGGAAAACAAUGGAGAAAUAUUUUAAUGAAUGGAAAUGUGAAGCUGGCUAUUGAUUAAAAGACUGAAAAAUUACAUUGUUUGCCAACCUUCGAUGUGAAUUUUUUUCCUCCUUAGCCUAUAUAUCCCUUCUGUUUGUCCCUCCUCCACCAUCUUGGCAUGAAUACACAUGUACUUUAUUUAAAAAAACCACAUAAAUGUCAUUUUUCUAUCUGAGGCUUAUUUUUUCAUAAUUUAUAUUUGCAAUAAGAUAUCCAGUAUACUGACUGCCUACCACUCUGAGCCUUUGGUGAGAAAGUGAAAAUUUUUUUCCCCUGUGUACAGCUUCCUUAAAAUCUUUUGCCUGUAGCCUAGAAGAAGACAGCAAGAGCAAACUAUUGACGAUUUUCAAGAAAUUUCUUUUCUCUUUUUGUAACUCUUAGGACCUUGUCUGGCCAUUGCAUAUGAAUAUUUAGUUAUCCUCAUUUCCAAAUUACUUCCUGGGAAGCAGAGAAACUACAGCAUGUACAACAAAAAGGAACCUCAGCAAUGUAUACACCAACCUAGAAGUAUUACAUAUUAGUUAUUACAUAUGUAUUAACACAUCUCAU